AUGGAUGCCGGUGUUACUGCGCUUGAUCAACGACGUGGAGCGGGCAUGUCUUCCAAGGCCCAGCUGCGGAACCAGUUACUUCACAGCGAUAUAGGGAAUAUUGAUAUUACUAAGGAGCAGCAGAUAAACAAGCAGAAGGGAAAUACAGGCCCCAUGGCCCCACCUGUAGUUCCGUUACAAGCCCAGCAGUACGAGUCCAAUUACAACCCUUCGUCAUAUAAUUACAUGCAACAGCCUCGACAACAAUCUCUGCAGAUGCAACCAAGACCACAUUUUGAUUACCCAGGAGACAGUAGUAGGAAAUCAUCCAUGAGUUCUUCUACUGCUUCCUUCUCUAAUUUCUUCAAGGGUAAAUACAAGAAACUCAAUCAAAAGAGACACAGUCAAUAUGACGAAAAAGCUAAUGAGGAUGACGAUAAUACAGACUUUUCGGAUCAUGAUUCCUCUUUCCUUACAUUCAAUGAUAUUUCUUCCAUGAGAAACAAUGGUGGGCACGCAUACGGUUACGGUGGACAUCUAGAUGAUACCUCUCCAAUAAUACCGACCAUCGUGACUUCCGGAAACACAAACUCAAUGAACAAUAUAGAAUAUAGAAAACUUAUGAUGAAUCAAAAGAAAAUGGCAUUUAACAGUCUUGCGAAGCAGCAGCAGCAGCAAGCGCAGUUCAGUGCCUCAGUUCCAGGUGGUCCUAGAACAAUGUCCUUGCAAAAUUAUCAUCAACGUCCUAUGGUAAGGCCUGGUGUUUCUGGCCCGGGAACAAUGAUGGGUCCAGCAGGCCCUCAGCAAUCAAGAAUCCCUAGGCCUCCAAACGGUAGCAGAUUCAACUCUUUGAUGGGAGGGGGGGCUUCGCCGAUGGCUGGUAGACCAGGGUAUCCUCCCCAACAAGGUCCUCCAAAUGACCCACGCACAAUGUCGUUAACUGCUGACAGACGUCCACCAACUCAAAUGAACGGAAAUUCACAGUUUAGAAACGGUUAUCAAGGUCCGUAUGCCGCGUCACCAACAGGAUCCCGUAACAUGGGUUUUCCUGGUCAAGUUAAUGGACCAGUGCCGGCAAGAGGUCCACCUGUUACUGGUAGCUCCCAAUAUGGUCCAAACUCUGGUCCAAGAGCCAUGUCCCUGCAAACUCAAUCGUAUCCGCAACCAUUUUAUCAACCAAAACAAAAUGUAUCGCAGGAUAAUGUAUUCAAUGAAAGACAAGCAACAAGCUCAUUAGCCCCUCCGCCACAACCACAGCAGCUGGUGAAUAAGGCGGCAUCGGGCUCAUCCUCUUCAUAUGCCAGUGUGAAUAGCGUCAUUUCUGGUAGGGUUUCUGAACAAAGUUCUCCGACAACUCCCUCGAACGCAUCAUUCGAUGAACAAAAUCAGAUACCAUCACUGCCAAGAUCACCGGUGAAAUACCAACUACAUGCCACUUUGUCGAAUGAUAAUGAGGACUUUGAAAAAGACAAGGCUCUUCCUAGCUUUAACGAGGAAGAAGAAGAUCAACAAACCUACAGCGGGAAUAAGGAUCAUUCACAUAGCGAUGAGCAAUAUGAUUCUGAUUCAUUGGUGAAAUUGAAUAUAUUAACGUUAAGUGAACCCGCAAGACAAGUGUUGCAGAUCGAGGAGGAAAAAACGGAAAAGGAAUACGACCUAGUGGAUUCCUCGGAAACGAAAAGCAACCAGCAAGAUUCUUUGAAUGAUGACAUAAAUCUCAGGCCAUCCACCGCCUUGAUACAAAAUAUUCCCGUGGAUCUAUCACCAAUAUUAAAUCCUGAAAUCUCGGACAACUCUUCCAGUCGAAACUUUGGCGACAACGUCAAUAGAACUGAAUCAAUUGUAUCAAAAGCCCAUGCGGCGGUCGACAGUGGGAAUAGUAAUACUAACGAAGUACUACAAUCAAAACAUGAUUCCUAUAUCGCAUGUUCUGGUGAAAAAGGCUUGAAGAAAUCAGGCAGCAGUUUCCAGAAAGCGAAGAACUUUUUGAUGAAGAUCAAAAGGACGAAGAGUGGCGAUCAAAGACCGCUCACUACUGUACCUUCGUCCGCUAGAAGCAGCAGGAGUUCGAUGGCAGUAGAUGAAGGAUCCGAAAUCCAGUUAAAUGAUACUUUCAGGGCGAAAUCGGGUGCAUCCAGCGAUAAACGUAGAAUAUCAUAUCAUUCUCUUUUUUCCGCGUCAUCUGCUGGUAAUCACCACGACCAAUAUAGUAAUAAGGAAAAGACAUUUGACAGAUCAACUUUGCAAAUUCGUAAGUCGAUGAUUAUUGGUGAAAGCACAGAGAUACAGGAAGUGCCUUGUCUUGAGAAAGAAUAUGUAAAACAGAAGGCUGAACCUAUUUCCGCGUUGCCAUAUAAGCCAUCUUUUGCUUCUGAAAAGGAUCCCAAACAACCCCUGUUGAUCACUGAAGAGUAUUUGAAUAUUUUGAAACAAAAUAUGAUGUUGAUGCAAGAGCUACAAUUGGUUUCCACGGAAUUAGCCGAGUCUAUCGCAAGGGAAGGUAGAUUAGAAAGUGAAUUAGAAUCAAAGAAUCCGAAGGAACCAGAGUCACCUCAGGCUCUUUCUCUACUGGAUUUCGAAACGGAAUUAAGGAAAAAAUCGUCAAAGAUUGUUGAGUUGAUUCAAAAUUUGAACGAAGAAAGGCUCAAACGUUUCAUUGCAGAAGAACAGAAUUUAUUAUACCAACAUGGUAUAAAGCCAUCUCCUAACGAACUCGCCCUUCAAAUAAAUGAGCUGAAGACGCAACUGCAGUCCAAAGAUCUACUGAUAGAACAGUUGCAGAAGCAAGUACAUGAUUCUUGA